ACCGUGGAUAAUUUGGUCCGUGAUUCGUGACCGAGAAUCGCGAUCGGGGUCCCGUUCGAGUGGAAUCAGGCAUCAACCAGUUCGACCUUAAAAGUCACCUGUCGUUGGUUGUUCUGUUCUUAAUCUUACACACGAACAUUAGCAACAAAUCGAGACAGAGUGCUCAAAGCCGAAUUAAUAUGUCGGAUACUAGACGACGUCGAAAGUCUAAUCAGUCAUGCGGUUCCGAUGACCUGUCGGACUCCUGCGAGGAGUUGAACGCAACGAAGGAGACCCAGAGCAGUGAACAAACCGAUGGACACCAGGAUUCGGAAUGUGAAAUUUAUCCAUCUGACUCUGAUGUUGAAUCCCAAGAUGGUACGUUACGAGAGAGUGGAGAUGGUCAGGAAGAAGAAAAGCCUCAGAAGAAAUUAGACGAUGACGAGGACAGACGUAAUCCACAGUACAUUCCUAAGAGAGGAACAUUUUAUGAACACGAUGACCGAACUACCGAUGAAGUGACAGACAAUAAUGCAGAACCACCAAGUGAGAGAGAAACCAAAGAGAAGAAGGUAUGGAAAGAUAAGGAAGAUAGAUGGGAUCACGAUAGAUACAAUGAUGAAGAACAGGCACCAAAGAGUCACGAAGAACUCAUAGCAGUUUAUGGUUAUGACAUUAGAAAUGAAGAAGGUCCACCGAGAGCUCGAAGAAGAAGAAGAUACGGCCGUGGCCCUAAUAAAUAUACACGUAACUGGGAAGAUGAAGAUGCUUACGGAAAGCCAGGAAGUAACACUCCCAACAGAAACAAAAAGUUUAAUAGGAGCGGCGAAGACUUCCCUGCACUAGGAACUAACAAAAAUGCGUCCCCGCAAGUAGAAGAACCGGUAAUCUCAUCAGCUUGGUACAGUAGUAAAAAUAAAUCACAAAGCAAACUGCAAAACUUUCCGCCUCUACAGACUCAGGAUGAUAGUCCGAAAACGAAACCCAGUGGUACAUCUAAUGCUCUCACAAAUGAAAAUAAAGCUCCUAAUGAGUCAAUAAGUCCAGCAUGGAAGAAGGACAACAAGAAUCCAUUGUUCACUCAAAGUAGUAACGGGAACAGUGGUGCUGGUGGUGACGCAGAUAUGUUGGUUAACACGAAAACAUCUCCAAGAGAUAACAACAAAAGGAACGUUCAAGAAUCUGUAGGCUUGGCAGCGAGUAGAACUCGUGGACGAGGAUUCAGGACGAACGCGAACAACAAUAUGGUCACUAAUAGAAUAGUUGAGACUAAACCAAAGGGACGCGGAGCGGGUCCGAUUAUCACAGAUAAUAAGAGAAACAGUAAUAUACAAAAUGACGACGAGCAGCAAAUUACACAUGACAUGAAACACGUUAGCCUUAACGAUGGUACACAGUAUCAUCAAGGUGGAAGACACAACAAAAAUUUCUAUGGUCAGUCUUCCAAUCAACAAAGAUCAAACACGGUACCUCCGAGAAUGCAACAACAGCAACAGUCUCAUCCGCCGGCACAGCAACAGCAACAAUCACAACAGUCGCAGCAACAACAAUCAAUUCAACAGCAGCAGCAAGAUGGUGCUGCUACUAGACCAAAGAGAUACUCUAGUUUGCGGCAACGUCCUACAGUUUCCGAGACUCCUGGACAACAAACUUAUCCACCACAACAUGGGCAGCAGCAUGCGCAACACACCCCACACACUCAACAUGGCCAACACAAUCAGCACAAUCAACACAGUCAACAUAACCAACAUGGAUAUUUCCCUCCUCAAGCCGGCAAUUCGAGAGGUGUUUUAGAGUCACAAGGAUAUCCACCAGGUCAUUUCGAACAAACCACGCCUGUCGCGACCGCUGCCGCACCGAUGGCUGGACAGCCUGUUAUUCCGUUGCCACCGAACGGUCAACCAGCUAGUUAUGCACCACCACCGUUUUUGGUACCGCCGCCACAGUUUAUUACUCCACAGACUGCUCCACCUAGUAUAAUUAAUUAUGUUCCCGGCCCGAACGGACCAGCAUUUCAACCAAAUUUCCAGGGUUACCCGGGAUAUACUCCACCAGUACAGCCUCAGCGUCCCCCACCGCCACAAGAACUGUUCCAACCACAAGGUUGUACUUACUAUAGUCCAGCGCAACAACAACAACAAGCAGCUCCGAUGAGGCGGCCGAAAGCGGCAAUUCCAAUACUCCCGCCUCCCGACAAUCAGCAACAUCAAACCGGUGGCAAGGGACGCGGUCGAAGCACACCUCAGCAAUUAUCGAAUCAAUUCGGUAACAUGCAACAGACCGAGGAAGAAAUAAAAUUGAACUCGAUGGAGGAUGAACAAAAGACUGCACUGGAACAGUUUGACGAUACCGAGAUCGACCAGACAUUUUUAGGUCAGGAAACGCAGAAAGACGAAGAUCUGAGUGUAAUAACGAGUACCGUGAACGAAAACGAGGAGAAAGAUGUGAAAAACGUUGAAAAGGAGACUGCUGUUGUCUCUGAAAUCGUCGCGACGGAACCCGACGUCGAAAUAAUAAUAAGUGCUAACGAUACGUCGAAAGUCAUUAUAAUAGAAGAUGAAAAUAUUAUUCCUAAUAAAUCUCCGCUGACAAUCGUGGAGGAAACUGAGAAUGAUUUGAACACAAUCGAGAGCAGUACGACCGAGAGUAAAAUUGUCGAAGAGGCAGCAGCUUGAACGAGUGUCGCAUGGUUCUUUGACAUUUUUCACAAGUGACGUAAUUGUGAAUCUGCGUGAGUAUGUGUAUGCAUUAUAUUAUAUAAACGGAUGCCGCGUAGUUUUAAACGAGGUUAUUAUACAGUAUGUAUAGCUGAAAUUGGUGGUUCUCACGUGCCGUUCGUGGAACGCCGUAGGAAUUGGAUGUGUGUACGUGUGUCUUAAUUACACACUUCGAAAAUGAUGUUAUCUAAUUCCAGCAUGUUGUAUAUUUCGUAGUUCGCAUUUCUAACAAUGUUUCGCUACGAACUCCAUCGAUCUGCUGCUACCUAUUUAAGAAUACAUUCUUCAAUUGUUGAAUUACUUUCGUAUAUAAAGUCUACUAAUAAUCGAUUAUUAGUAGAGGG